AUGGGGAAGAAGCGAACCCAUGCUGAGACCAAAGAUGGCUUUACGAAGCCUUCUCCGGAUAAGAGUCGGAUGAGCGCGAAGAACGGCACCAACCAGCGCAAGGAUGGCGAGAGCAAAAAAUCGCGGUCGCAGCUGCUUCUCAAGCCGCAGCCAGAAUGGCAUACGAUAGAACUGCCACAGCUUCCGACUGUCGACAAUCCCACGAUCCCGCCCCGUUACAUCAUCGACGCCAUCCACGAAUAUGCCAUCCAACUCCUCGACACAGAGGCCAAGGAGUAUGCAUCAUCGCACUUGGCCAAGGACUCGUCACACAAAUUUAUGGCCACCGUCAUGGACUCUGGUACCAUGGAGGAUAAGGUGUCUGCACUGACCUUGUUGGUUCAAGAGUCGCCGCUGCACACGCAAAAGGCUUUUGGGCAGCUCAUGGGUCUUUCGCAAAAGAAGAGCAGAAAUGCUGCCAUGCAGGCUUUGGCUGCGCUGAAGGAUCUGCUGGGUCAGGGCGUUCUGCUGCCUCCGGACCGAAAGUUGAAGGCUUUUGCACGACAGCCAGGCUUGACCGCUGCGCUGCAAGGAAAGAACGUGCAGUGGAAGGCGGGCGAUAAGCUGCCAGGCGCUCUCCAGAAAACCCAUCUGAUUGUGUGGGCAUACGAGGAUUGGCUAAAGAAACAAUACUUUGAGCUGCUGAAGAUCCUCGAGACAUGGUCCAAUGACGAAGUCGAGUACUCGCGCAACCGUGCUGUAACCUACGUCUGGGAGUUGCUGAAGGAGAAGCCGGAACAGGAAGAAAACCUUUUGCGACUGCUCAUCAACAAGCUUGGAGACAAGGAAAAGAAAGUCGCAUCGAGGGCAUCCUACCUGCUGCUUCAGCUCCAGAACACACACCCGCUCAUGAAGAACGUCAUCAUUAGCUCCAUCGAGUCCGACCUUAUUUUCCGACCGAAUCAGAACGGCAUAGCCAAGUACUACGCCAUCAUCACUCUCAACCAAACUGUUCUCAGCUUGAAGGAGCCUGAAGUCGCCAAUAAGCUUUUGGAGAUAUACUUUAGCGUUUUCCUCGGUCUGCUGAAGAAGCAGAGAGAGCAUGAGAAGGAGGAGAAGAGGAUAAACAAGUACGGACACGUUCAAGGAGGUGGCGGUCAGCCUGGAAAGAUGGCGAAGCAGAAGGCUGAAAAAGCGGCUACCAUGGCCUUUAAGGUUGAGGACGAGUCGCGAGAGAAACUGAUAUCCGCCGUCUUGACGGGUGUUAACCGUGCCUUCCCAUUUGCCAAAACCGACGACGCCAAGUUCGAAGAACAGCUGAACAUGAUCUUCGAAGUGACACAUUCUUCCAACUUCAACACCAGCAUCCAGGCCAUGACGCUCAUUCAGCAAAUCUCCGCGACGAAGCAUUACUCCGCGGAUCGCUUCUAUCGAACUCUUUACGAAUCUCUACUGGACCCACGACUUAUGACAACUUCGAAGCAUAUCAUGUUCCUGAACUUGUUGUACCGCUCGCUCAAGGCCGAUACUAGCAUCAAGCGUGUCAAGGCUUUCGUCAAGCGUUUACUGCAGAUCAUCCAUAUGCACGAGCCACCUUUCAUCUGCGGUGUCUUGUACCUCGUCAACGAACUGAUAGUUACCUUCCCUACCAUCAAGUCCAUGUUGUCGACUCCAGAAGACCAUGCUGACGACAGCGGCGACGAGCACUACGAGGAUGUCGACGAGGACAAGGAGCCAACGACUAAGAAGGAAGAAGAGAAGCCUGAACAAGCUACCUAUGACUCCAGGAAACGAGACCCGGAACAUGCGCAUGCUGACCUGUCUUGUCUGUGGGAGCUACUACCGCUUCAAGCACACUACCACCCCUCUGUCCACGUCCUGGCCUCCAAGAUUGUCAAUCAGGAACCCAUCAAGGAGAAGCCUGACCCGACCAUCUACACUCUUAUGAACUUCCUUGAUAAGUUCUCUUUCCGCAACGCAAAGACCAAGGCUCAAGGUGUCCAUGGCUCCUCGAUCAUGCAGCCUAUGUCUGGAACUUCCAAGGCCGCAUCUUACCUCAUCACCGACCGCGAUGGCGACCGCACGCACGACCCACUCAACUCCGAGCAGUUCUGGCGACGCAAGGUCGACGAUGUCCGUGUCGAUGAAGUCUUCUUCCACACAUACUUCGAGAAGGCCGGCAAAGCCAAGCAAGCUGACAAGAAGACGAAGAAGAAAGACCGCAGGAAGGACGACAGUGAAGAGGACAGUGGUGAUGAGGAUGAGAUCUGGCAGGCGCUUGUCAAGAGUCGUCCAGACGUUGAAGGUGACGGAGGUGAUGAUGAUGAUCUCAGCGAUUUCGAUAUGGACGACAUGAUGAGCGACGAUGAGGCUGGAGGCAUGGACGGCGGUGUCGAACUCAACCUAGGCAGUGACGAUGGGGAGGAUGCCGAUGCCGAUGAAGAGGACGAGGCUGUUGGUGGCCAUCACCAGGCAGACGACGACGAUGACUUUGAAAACUUCGACCUCGACGAUGAAGAUGCAUUCAUGGACAGCGAUGCCGAUGUUCCAGUCGAACUUAACCUAGAAGGCGAUGGCGAUGGCGAUGAGGACAAGGAGGGCAGCAAGAAGAAGAAGAGGAAGCUCAAGAACCUGCCCACUUUCGCUUCUAUGGAGGACUACGCGAAACUUAUCGGCGAUGACGAUAGCGAGUAG